GCCACUGGCCAGGCUCUUGUCGGCCAUCCCUUCUCCACUCAGUCCAGCAUCAACUUGCCAGAUUCGAACUCGGAGCUGAAUGCCGUCGGCGACGAGCGCAAACCGUCCGAGGCCAGUCUGCCGGAUACAGACGCUCUCGCCCAACUGCCGCCGAUAGCCGCGGCGCGCCUCCUUCGUCCGGCGCGUCUCGUGCCCGCAUUCGCCGACUUCCUUUUCAGCUACGCCACCGUCUCCGGCUAUCGCGCCCAACGGGACGCCCGCAACGGCUCGGUGUACGUCCAGUCGCUGUGCCGACGCCUGGAGCGCGACGGGCGCCGACGCAGCCUGCUCGACCUGGUCACGCUGGUGCACCGAGACGUCAGCGAGCUGGUCUUCCGCGAGACCGUCCACACGGGCCCCGGAGCCAUGGAUGUCGCCGCGGGCGCCCUCUUCCUACAGAUGCCCGAGGCCGAGCGGACAGCAGACCGAACGGAAAUGCUGUCGGUCGGUUGGGAGAAGCGAUCGCCGGCCUCCGAGAGUCCAGCAAGAGCGGGCUUUGGUCGAGGUUUGGCCGAAAAGUGA